CCAAACGAGCACUCUUCCCAAGCGCAGCGAAGAUGCUCCAUCAGAUCAGGAAGGGGUUAAAAAUGAACUGGAGGAGGCGCAGCGGCAACAGCAGUCAACUCGCUAGCUUGGGUGGAGUGAAAUGUUGACAUGAAGAGCCGCAAAUUAGCCGAGCAGAGUGCUCUUGCGUGAAAAAAGCAAGCGCAAAAAAUAGCGUCCCAAGUGUCCUAAAUUCGUAGUAAUAACCGCUAUAGUUAAGAUGAGCGGAGUGUGCGAGGAGUCGUUGCUGGAUUACUUCUACUCCACUGCGGGCAGCUCAGGCAAAGUGAGAAAUGCAGACAUACUGAAGACCUUUAAGCCUUUUAUUGGUCACACUGAUGUGCAGUUGCGUGCUAAAUACAGAGAAGAAUUCAAGCUCAUUAUUGACCGAAUUGCUGUGGUCAAGUCCGAAAACGGAGAGAAGUAUCUUUUCCUCAAGAAGAAAUACAGACAGCUGCUGCAAACGCGAGACAAAGACAAAACUGACCUGCCUGAUGUGGACGGGCAGAGACAUUUGAGUUCCUCCGCAGUGCCAGCAACAACACAAUGGGAGGUAACAUACACCUCCCCUCGUGCCCCCCAGGAGAGGGAAUGUCGGGAUGAGCUGAUUUCAUGCAGCGAGCCAGACAGUGCUACAGAGUGUGAGUCUGAGCAGGACGAGGAGUCGACGGGUAGCAUGGGUUCUGCUGCAGUUGCCCUGGACCCUUUAGAAAAAGAGUGGAUCUACUUUGCAGCUGGCGCUCGAGUUCCUGACCUCUGUCAGCUGCUUCGACAGGACCCAUCACUUGCCAACAAGAAGGACUUCACAUCGUUUACUGCUCUGCACUGGGCCGCCAAACACGGCAACGAGGACAUGGCAACUCUGAUCGCAAAUGCGGGUGCUGAUGUCAACACCAAAUCGCAUGUGAGUAUCCUGUCGUGUGGCACAGCAUAUGUCUGCGGACAGGCCGGCGUUUCCGUGACGUUGCGCUCCUCUGCGAUCUUAGCGAAGAUCCAGCUGUUGUCUCCCAUAACAGGGCGUCCGUGUCCCAGCAUGCACUGCUCUGAAACGAUGCAAUUUUCGACCAAUUACCUGGCAAUUAUGUUUUUAUCAUUAUUUGGUGUUUCCACAAGCUUUUCUAAUUUGUAUUUUCUUUCCUCGCUGUUUGCCUUGGCUGGUGGGGACUCUGGGAAACUCCAGGGGGGUUAUACACCUUUACACAUCGCAGCGCUGCAUGGGCAUCGGAAAAUUCUUGAUCUGCUCGUAGGAACUUAUGGUGCGAAGGAGAAUUUGAGGGAUUACAGUGGCCACCUUGCCUUGCAUUAUCUCAACCCCAAAGAAGCAGACGGUCCUGAGGAGGACUGUGAGCUGCCGGCAGAAUUUCAAGUGUCACAGGCCAGAGAGCGUAACAGGAACCGGAAGUUGGCGUCACUCUUCCACUCCAAGAAGAAAUGGGGUUCCGCUGAAGACCUGGCACCCAUCGAGGAAGAGAAGACGACGUCGCAUCAGCUCGCUCUUCCCGCCUUCAGACCCAGGAAGUUCUCCCGCUGAGGGACGACGGACAGUCAGGACUGUUGCGCAAGUUCAAAUCAGCUUUUACAGCUUUUCUUACUUGUGAAUGCGGGUUUUGCUGUUACACACUUAAUUGUCACUUUCUUGUAAAUCGAUAUCCUCCACACACUCAAGCUGCUUCCACGCUUAUUUUGUUACAAUGUUUUGUGACCAUAGCAGUAUUGACACUUAAAUGAAUGUUGCCUUAUGUUAGAGCUCACUUGCUUUAUAGCUCAGGAUCAUUUUCAAGAUUGCUGUUGUGUUUCUGUUUACACUUUAAAACCCUAAAACCAAAAGUAGCUUUUAUUCGCAAAAGCUGAAUAACUACCUAAAAAGUGAAUGCUUUAUUACUUUAGAUUUAAGUAACUGCAGAUUUGUCCAAAGCUACCACUACCUGCACAGACAGGAGCUGAGUUCAUUUAAAUCUUGUGUGCUGGAAAUCACUUAAAUGUUAUUAUUUCAUGCCUAUGUUUACCUUUUUUUCCCGUGCACUUAAAUGAGAUGAGAAAAAAACAUAUUUCGAAUGAAAAUGAGCUGGGUGCAGCGUGAGUAGUUACUUUUUAAACUUUGAAUUCUUAGUUGCUUUGAAUGUUGCCAUCCAGGGGUUUAAAGACUUGAGACAAGAAGAUAAUCUGUUCAAAUUACACAAAUUGUAACCUGUCAAACCACUAGUGUGAGUGACGUUUCCAGACAUUGACACCAUCCAAAAAUCUGCAAAGUUUGAUGCCAGUUAAUGGUUCAAGGCAGCCAUUUGGAGCGCAGACACAGGUUUUAUCAUAUGACGUGUUCUGAAAAUUCACAAUUUCAGGCUGGCAUCUUCUAAUUAAGUGCCUUACCUGCGUUUAACGCUUGGUUUAUCUUGCCAAUGCAACUUGCAGUGUUUCAUUGCCAAUUUAUGUUUCAAAGGGAAUUCUGUCCCUUGCCGUCUGUGACUUGUAUCCGCCAUGACUAUAAUGUUUGAACAGUCUAGGCAUAUGGUUUAUGGAUAUUAAACUAUUUUAUACUUAA